GGAUGAUCCCGGCCAACCACAAGUACUUCCUGCUGAGUGACCUGGCGUCGUCGCGAGACUAUGAGCUAUGUGUUUUGGCUGUCUACGAUGAUGGCAUCACUGCCCUGACGGGAACCAAGCUGGUGGGCUGUGUCUCCUUCACUACGGAGACGGAGUAUGGACACUGUCACUCAAUAAGAGACCAGUUCCUUGGCGGUACCAUGAUCAUAAUCAUUGGAGGCAUCAUCGUGGCUUCUGUCCUUGUCUUUAUCUUCAUCCUCCUAAUGAAGUACAAGCUGCACAGUAACCACUACAAACAGAAAGCAACUGCACGGCAUGCCAACGUUUGCUCCCAGACCAAUGGAGGGGGAGCCAACACACUCACUGUUCCCCCAUCCUUCUCCUCUGCAGGGCAGGGUGGAGGUGAUGGUAAAAACUCCCAACCUUCAUCAUCAACGGAAGGAAUGGGAGGAGUAUCCAUUCGAGGGACAACUGUAGUGGACUUAAAUCCCUCCCAUGACGAAGAUGCCAUCUCUCAAUAACAUAUAAGAAACUGUUAAUCAAACUUUCAACUCACCAAUCAUUAAGCCCAAACCAAUACUCCAACUUCCUCCCUUUUAUAAACUAUUUGUUAAUGGUGCCUGGAAUCUAUUCUACUUCACACUGAGGAGCGGCUCCUGUCUUUGGAGCCUCAGAGGACUGCACGGUCACAUCCUUCUUAAUCAGCCCUGAUAAUCAGGUAUUCGAGCCAGAGACGCACAUCCAACUUCUGAUGUCACCUUGUACCAGAAACAGAUUGGAUGUGAUGGGAAAAGCCAGAGGAUGAACUCCCUUCUUCUUGAAAUACAAAAGUGUCUCCACACUGCUGGACCUUUUUGGAUACAUGUCAGGACUUGGGCUUCAAACCCUGCAUAAUGAUAGAUGCUAUGCAGUUUCAAACCUUGAAUCUGAGAGAACAAAUUCUGGCCCUUCAUGUCCUCUUAUGAAGAAGGUGUCAAAUGACCUAAAGGAUGUUACAUUCAGCCUCUGUAUUUAACAGCUAGACCUUAUGUGGACACAAAAUGCUCCUCUGAAAAUGCACUGAAUGGAUUACUGGAUUACGGAAAACCUCUUUUAUGACAUUUUUACCGGGAUCUUCAAAUUAUUUUGUGGCAACUCUCCUCUCUUUCCCCAGCAUAAAGUCAUAUGCCAAAGGAAUGCUACAAUAUGCUGAAAGCAUUAUUACGAUUUUGGGACAAUAUGCAGAUGUGCAAAAAACACUUUUCUUUUAUUGCUUAGCAGAGAUACAUGUUGCUCCUUGGAUUGAAUACACAAGCACAUAUCUGGAAUCAAUAAUAAGAAACUGUUAAACUAAACGGUGAACUUCUGUGGCCCUUUAAUGGUAUAUCUUCACUUCACUUUAAACUGAAUAAUAUAAUGUCCUAUAUUAUCAAUCUCACUCAUCUGGCUGCAAAUUACUUAGAUAAUGUGAAAAUAAUUAGUGUGUUCAAGUCCAUAUUGGAUUGGUUGUUUUCAUAUCAGAUAUACAAAAAACAAGAUACUUUCGUGUCCAGAGAGUUGAGACUUGAGGAACUACGGCAAGGAUUUAUUUACAGCCAAACCUACAACUCAGACGUUCGAUGAUGAAUUACAUUUUUGUGUUUAGACACUGGAAAUCACCUGUACCUUUACAGCACUGGUAAAGUCGACCAUAAGUGUUUCUAAUAAUAAAAAAAGAUGGUACUUAAAUGGAAAGUAUUAAGUGGUUCUAAAAGAUGGCCAGCAGAACUUCCGCUGCCCCAUCACCCCUCUCCCUUCCUCUCCCUUUUGCCGUAUGACAAUGUCUGUGUUUGUAUGUGACAUACAUCUUACAAUAUUUCAUGAUUUAAUACCCAUGAUUUACUUACAAUAUAAUGAAACAAAUCAACACAAGGAGAAAAAAAACAGCAACAUAUGAAAUGGGGAUUUUAUGCUUUCAUAAAUACUCUA